AAAGUUAGGUUGUAACCCGCAUAUAAAUAUGUUCUAUAAUGCUAGCAUAAUUAAACAAAGAUUUUAUUUUUAAAAAAUAUCUACCAUGAGUGCAAUAACGAAUGCUCAUAUUAGAAAACUUGAUCAUUCUCUUGUGGAAAUUCGUCUGAGGGCGUUAAAAAAUAUUAUUUCUAAAUUAGAACUUGGUUUUGAAUGUGACUGCAAUGCUGUUAAAAAAGAACUGCUGGUUAAACUUUUUAGAUGGUUUUCUACUGAACCAGUCAUCGAGGAAGAAACAGUUUUAGACUUAAUAAUCAAACUAAUCAAAACUGAUAGAGGCAGUUAUAUCAAUUCUUUUGGACGAAUGAGAUUUCACACUGAAUUAAAAGAUUUGAGACGUAAAUUAGAUUGUAAAUGGCAUGACAAGUUAAAUUUAUUGGAACAAAUAGCUUCAGAUCCUGGAAGAUACAUUGACAAUUUUGCAGAUACACCUGCUGUUUUAUCAGAAUCUGUGAAAAACAAUAUUCAGUCUUGUCAUCAUCAACAAUGUAGCGAGAGCUCUUCAGAUAUACACAGUUUUGGAUCUCCUUUGGAUGGUUCAGUUCCAUUUGAGUUGACAAUUAAUGAAAAAGACAAUGCAGUAAUACCAAGAAGAUCAGAAAGUAGUGUUAAAUGGCUAGUUAUGCCCUGGCAAGUGCUAGUUACAACAGACAAAGGGGUAUUAUCUUCUGUUGAGGAAACAUUAAGCAGGUCAGAAGAUAAUGCUACAAAAAUCCAAACUUGUCAAUUCAUUACCAAUAUCAUGGUGCAAGAUUUUCCAGCUGAAGUUUUUCUGCAAAGGCCAACCACUAUAAAUAUGCUGUUAGCUCUUUUGCAGUCUUCUAAAAAUGAAAAUGAUUUAGAACCACAAACUCUUAUUAUUACUAUUCUGAAAACUCUUUACAAACUUGCACGAUCAUUGAGGUUUCGCAUAUAUUAUUACUGUGAUCCAAGCAUUGCACAUAAAGCCCAAAAGAUAUUGGCCAGAAAUAUUCAAAUUUUAAAUAGUGAAAUUUUACAUCAAAGAGAUAGUCCUGAAGGAGAGCAACCUGAGGAAGUUUAUCAAAAACAUCAACCAAGGAGACAAAGAAAUCGAAAUUCUAGUUUGGUAGAUAAUGUAGAUGAUUCAGUACUGCAGUUACAACAAUUGUUCAUACCUAAUUUUUGUACUGAAGCUCUUGUGACUGUACUAAAGCUGAUAAGCAUUUCAAAUGACUCGAUACGUCCAUUAAAAAUUGUUCGUUAUAUAGCCGAUUUGGUAUAUGAACUUGUUCAAUUACUUAUAACUAGUGUAAUGCCCACUGUGUGGUUUUGCAAUGAUAACGUUGCUUUGAAAAUUCAUGAAAACGUCAAAGUAUUGCUGGAAAUAUUAAGUGAAAUAUUAGAUUACUUUGGACAGUUCAACAAUGUAGAUUAUUAUAGAGCAACAUAUUUAUACUUUUUAUGGAUAACAGUUAAAAUGCUCAGUAAUAUCAUACCUUUAGAAUUGGCUGAUCAAGUGAUACCAAAAAGAAUGAAAGUGUCUCUAUGUGCUGCAAUUAUGGAUGCUCCUGUCUAUUUAAUGUAUCAACCACUUCAUGCAACUUUGCAGGAAUAUGCAAGGAGAUUUCGCGGCCCUCAAGAAUGUGACGUGGUCAAAUUGUUAGAUGAAACGCGCUUGAUAACUAAAUCUAUGAAAGCUGCUAUUUCUUUGAUGAAAUCUGUCAAUGAGAAGUCGUAUUCAGAAGAAUUAAAAGCAAUUCAUGCGUCAAAACUUAGUUUGAUUUAUCACAAAAAUUUUAAAUUGAUUAAAAAAUUCAUUGCUUUGGCCCAAAAUCGACCAGGCUAUAGUCUUAGCGAAGAAGAUGUAGAAACUACAUUAAAAAUAACACUUUCUCUUCUUGCACAUAGUGAUGAUGAUAUACAAGAGGCAAUUUAUACCGAAUGCCAUGCUUUGGUAAAAGCAAUUUUAGGAAAUAAUUACGGUAGUAGAUAUACUUGGAAAAACAUACUAUUUUUGAUAGAAACCAGUAUUUUAACAGAAAUUAUUUGUCAUGGAAUGACACACGAAAAUGAAAAGAUAAGCAAUAUGUCGCAAGAUAUACUAUUUUUCUUAUUAAACGGUAAAGCUCAAAUGACUGACUCAGGAUGGAUGAAAUUUUUGGAAACGCUUAUUCCAGUUCUACCUCUUUUACAAUGCCUCGCACAUCCUAUAUCUUCCUUAGGGAAAUCUAUUACAAAAAUGUUGAAUCCUGACUACUCUUCUUCUUUCAAACUUCCUUACAUAGAAGUACUAAAAGGUAACACAAGACUGCUUUUUUCUCCACACGUUGAAGUAAGAGACGAAGCUUUAUAUAGAAUAUUAUGGUUACUCGCACAAGAGAAAAAUUCGUCGCAAAAGUUACCACGACUCUCGUCAUUACACGGUUUACCUCUUAAUUCACUUUGUGUGUUUGAGAAGCAAACGUCCGCUAGACGACCAGAGGGAAAUUACCAAAGGAGCGCACUGAUUUCAGUACUCGAAAUGUUAGAGUCUUCCAAUAUCGAGCCUAAAAUUAGAAAGUCGGCAUUAGUACAACUUAGUGUAAUGUUGACUGAUAUUUCAUUGCAUAAAGUAUUCAUUUCACAAAAUGGGUUACCAUUAAUUUUAGAUAUCUUCUCGAAAGCCUUGUUAGAGAAAGACUUUAUCAAUUAUCCUGAUUCAGUAAUAUCUGUUGUAACAAUUUUGAAGCUGCUUGUUUCAAACGAAACCUCAGUUAGAAUUGAAUUGUCAAACCGUAUUGAUGUAUAUUUCAAUAUACUGAGAAGUCUAUUUUUAUAUCCCAACAAUGAGAGUGUUAAAACAGACGCUGCACAAUUGUUAUCUCUACUUUUGUAUAAUAGUUAUAUUAUGAAGCUCACAGAGAAAUCUUUAAAUAAUCCUUACAAUAUUUCACUGCCUUACAUCAUCACAGUCAACAUGAAACUUCCGUUUACAUGUAAAGUCCAUUGGAAAACAAGCGUCCAUAAACGAUCGGAUGUUUCAGUCUUACACCGAAACAAUCCUGUGGCUUCGACUUUUGUCCGUCAGUUUUGGGCCUGGGAAUGGAACGAGGGCAAAAAAAUCUUGUGGAAAAAGUGGCAGGAAAUUAAUGAUCCUAUGAUUUCUGUAACUCUGAUAAUCAAAGAAUCAGAGCUCGCCUGCAUAGUUAACACUUCACUGCAUUAUUGCAUGCAACAACAGUUGUACAAUAUUCAAAACUCGAUUACACACAAUGGAGUUUCUUGUGCAAUAGAUUACCUCACCAUAUAUAUGAAAUUAUGUCACUUAAUAAAUGAUGAAAAUCUGGAAAAUAUAAUACAACUUUCUUGGUCUGACACAUUCGAACGUUUUUUACACUCAUAUCCUACUUGUAAAGAGGAUUAUGAACUGUUCGUCAACGUUCUUAAUUUUCUACAUCUAUAUGUAAAAGUGACUCACGGAGAAGAAUCAAAGUGGUUGUGCAAGGCUGUAAAAAAUAUGAUGAAGUCAUUAACGGAAUGGAUUCGCAAUACUGAGAGUGGCAGUGAAGACAUUUAUCAAUCGAUGCUCAGAUUGACGCGCGCUUGUUCAAUGAUCGAUGAUGAGGAUAACGACGACUCGAGAAGCUCUUGGAUCAGCUUUAUCGAGUUUACUGUUUCAAAUUUGUUUUUCGGGGAUUAUUACAAUUUGGCAUUUUUGGCAUGGGUCUUAUCUACGUUAACUUACGUAAUUAGCAAAUGUCAGUGGAAAGGUAAUGAAGAAACGCUGCUAUCUACUGGCAACGCUUUGAUUGAGCUCAUUUUUUCGUUCAGCCAAGAAGGAAGUGCUAGUUUCAUGGGUUUGACAAUCACGAGAGAUUGCAUCAUUUGUCUCAACCACGUUCUUCAUCAAAUGCAAAUUCAUUUGCACAAAAACGUGUGGACGAAGUUUUGGUACGACAAGGAACAAUCAUUAAGCUUCGUGCCAGUUCUCUGGCGAAGCCGCGAUCCCUUAGUUCGCGCAUCAUCAUUGCAAUUGCUAGCAAGCCUCAUCAAUGGACCACAUACGGCGUUGCAAUUGUUGACAGCGAUCGAUUUAUCUCCCGUGGAGCUAUGUCACUCGUUGUUGUACUUCAUCACCGCGCAGGAGGAAUCUUGCAUAGUAAAGGAAGAAGCUUGUUUGGCAAUGUCCAACCUCAUCAAGAAUUCAAACGCGAUUGUCUUUCAAUAUGUCGACGAGUUCAAGCCGAGUGUCAUGCUGUCUUACGUGACAGACAACAACGUUUAUCAUGAGAUCGCUGUGAUGUUUUCUAAUUUGUACAUGUCAAGUACCCUCGAUCCUGAUGUGUCCGAUAUGACGGAAUCCGAUGAGGAUAUACAAACACAAAGUUUAACGAGUAGCCGUACAAGUACGACGGUGUCGAUGGUACCCAAGAUUGUAUAUUAUCUAUACGACUGCGGAGACAACUUUCAGGGCUAUUCCGCUGGGAACUCUGAUAUGACCGAUGAUCAGCUGGAGUUUAUCACAACUCCGACUUUGAUUACGGCUCUAUGCAUGCUGCUCAAUAAUCUCAUUGGCAUUGGCGAACACGAAGUCAUUCAUGAGAUUUUCGAGCAUUCGCUCUACAAGCACAUCGUUGGGUGUUUCGGGGAAAUUCCGAAGAAUAUCAAUGGCGAAAGAAAAGUCGAACAUUACGGCAAUGUUUUGGAAAUGUAUACCAGCUUGUGCGCAGUGCUUACGAACUGCGUUAUCAAUAGUCCUGAUUUUGCAUCGAUAGUUACUUUCUCACCAGAAUUUCUACGACAUUUGCUCAACAUGUUAAACAAAGAUUUAUACUUCGCGAUUAAUAACAGAUUGGUUUACUUAAGAAAUCGAUUGAGCGCUGAAAUUUUGAAAUUCUUGACGUCGUUAUCUCUGACCGAAAAUCAACAUUUUGACUCGUUUCAAGUAGCACUGACAAGUUGUAACACGCAAGCUCUUGUAAAGACCAUUUGUGAAAUGGUGAAAACUUCCAAAACUGAUCUCGGUAUGAGCGCGGCGAGUUUCUUCGCUUUUCUUCUAUCUCAAGAGAUCCAAAACGACUGCGAAGAGACUAAAAUUAGUCCUUUGAAAGAAGUGCUGGAUUCUAGAAUAGACACUGAAUCAAAUGGUAAUUGGGGAGUGAAAAAAUUGAGCGCUGAAAAUCUGAUUGACCAGAAUGUAAACUCGACGACAAUGGAUGAAUCUUGUUUGGGCGCUGAAAUCUGCAAAGCGCUCGUGAAUCUGUUCAUUGCUCACAAUUACGUCAAACUCGUCAAGAAAACUAAAUAUUCAAGCGACAAAGAUGUCAUCACCGUUGCACUCACCAAUUUACUUUGCGUAUCCGUUGAGGCGAAAAAAUUCGCGAUCGGCGAAAAUUUUCCAACGACUUGCAUGAUGGUGCUGAAGGAAUUGUACAUCAGACUAAAUGCUAUACCGAUACAUAAAUACAAAUCGCAAGCUGAUCGCACGCACAAGCUGCAUCCUUUGUUACACGAGAUUGAUUUGAUUUACAUACUGCUAAUGAACUUCAUGUACGAUAGCGUUGAGGCUAAAAACAUUUUUGCUGCGAUUGAAUUGGCUGACAUCAUUCACAAACUAUGGGCUCACACCUCGGUUAACAAGAAAACGCUCAUUACCAAUUUGAAAUUAUUAUCAACGUUUACAACGAAUUGCGUGGAAGCGUCUCAUUCAUUGUGCUUGACGACUGUGACGCCAGGUGUGGGUCUUAGAAAAACGCCAAAUUCCCUCUCGUUGAUCCAUGUAAUAAUGCAAAUGGUUGCCAAGGAGCUCGACGUAAUUAAUCGCAAUUCCGACUGCCAGAAACUCAACUUUGCGUUUCAAAUUCUACGAAAUGCCAUUCACAGUCACGAAUGUCGCGUUGUUAUCUCGAAGAGCAAUCUACUACAAUUCUUCACGAAGAUUCAUCCAUCGACAACGAAACGCACAAAGCUUUGGCAAAUAGUAGAGAUAAACUGCUUAGAAUUCCUGAUAGAUUUCACAUUUUACGACGAAGGCCAACUGGCCGUUUCCAAGGCGGUGGACAGCUUGGAAGUGCUGAUAAAUCUAGCUCGGCUAUCGACCGGUUCCCCAAGACUUUUGGCUAUUUCGAUCCUGCGCAACUUGGCGUUCAACUCGACCAAUCGACCAAGGCUCUUAGGUUCCAGCGAGUUCCUUGAGUUGCUGCUUUCGUCGUUGAAAGAAGGCACGGUGACGGAGAUCGAAGUCGCCGGAUCGACUCUGUGGUCGCUCAUUAGCAAUAACCAGAAGGGCAAGCUCAUCGCCCGCAACGCUGGCUUUCCACAUGCCAUACAAACGGUCCUUAGCCGUUUGUCUAUACAGCAGGACAACGCUGCCGAAGAGCAAGAGCUCGUUGCAAUGCUAGAGUACGUACACGAGAUUAUGUCUCACUAGCGAGCAGAUUACGUAGAAUUAUUUGUAAAUAAACUCGCGGUAGGUAAAUUGUCGUCCGUUCGUAAAUGAAAUCAAUUUAUAGCGUAGCUUAAAGCGUCGACACUGUGUGUAUAUUUAUUGAACUGCCGCUACACGAAGCUUUUUUUGUGCACGACCAAGUAUUUUUGUAAAGAUCUUUGUACAUUUGUAUGCCUGCAGAAUAAUAAAAGUAAAGUAAG